CACCUCUUUGCCUCUUGACACUACCGAUGGUUUAUUUUACCCCAUAGCGAGUGGAGCUCGUGAUCGUAUCGUCACGCUAGCUAUUAGCCCAACGGUCGUUUUUUUAAACGUCAGCGGUCGUUUAAUCAAAAACGGGGGGAAAAAAGGGGACUUGUGUGGCGUUCAGGGCACCGUCGUAGGCUACAGUUAUCUUUAUAGCUAAGGGUUACAAAUGAAGGGAGAACACACUUGAAGGGGAGUUAAUUGUUUUCCUUAGCACACGCACACACACACACUCCGUCCAUUAUUCAUUCAUUUCCGCAGCCUCCGUGUCGCUUAGUGUGAAGUUCCCCGUCACGCAGGUCAUGCGGAUCAGGGUCAAUAGUGUGAGUUUCGUCGGUUAAUAAUUGGCGAUGUGAUAGCAGUACAAAAAAAAAAGAAAAGAGGCUGAAAGGGUAAUAAAAAACACUGUGACGUCGAGAGCCUCACAGGCAGGAACUGUGACGUGGUCGACGAAAAAAAAAAAUGGGGCUGGAAAAAAUGAGAUGCAGCCGAUAAAGGAUCCAGAUCCAUGUUCAGAGACUACUUUAUGCCGCAGCUCGGAGAGACAACAUUAAGAGUGACUGGAUGUUUGUGUGUCUCCGCCUCCAGAGCUUUAAAUGUGAAUGGACUUUAAAAAAAGAGACCGGUUGUACACACCUGGAUACAUGACCCGUCUGCUUUAAAGACACCUUAUUAUUUUUUAACUAGUUUACUGGAUGUACGUUCAAUGACGCUUCGCUCUUUGGGACAUUUAACUUGAAGCUCUUAUUUUUACAUUUUUUUAUUAUUUAACUAUUGCUGAACUGGCAGCUCUAAACAUGGCACUUUAUGUAGAAGGUCUGAGUAAAGGAGUGGCCAACGGAGGGAUGGCUCAGUUCCAGGAAAUGAUGCGGCAGCAGCUGGAGACCUCCAUGCACACGGAGCUGGAGAAGCUUCUGGACACCAGCAGAGGAGCAGAGCGAGAGGUGUCCAGGAAAGACUUUGAGGGCUUCAAGAAUAUUUUCCACAGAUUUCUGCAGGUGAAGGGUCCGUCGAUAGAGUGGAUCAAGAUACAAAGACCUCCAGAGGACUCGAUCCAGCCGUACGAUAAGAUCGCUGGCAGAGGUCUGCCGGACAAUGUGGCCGACUGCCUGAACAAACUGGCGGUGGUGAAGCUGAACGGGGGCCUGGGCACCAGCAUGGGGUGCAAGGGCCCCAAGAGCCUCAUCAGCGUCCGCAACGAGAACACCUUCCUGGACCUCACGGUGCAGCAGAUCGAGCACCUGAACAAGACUUACAACACAGACGUGCCCCUGGUCCUCAUGAACUCCUUCAACACGGACGAGGACACAAACAAGAUCCUGCAGAAGUACACACACCACCGCGUCAAGAUACACACCUUCAACCAGAGCAGAUACCCUCGCGUCAACAAAGAGUCCCUCCUCCCAGUUUCCACCAACCUGAGCAUAACGGGUCAGAGCGCAGAGGGCUGGUACCCUCCGGGCCACGGCGACAUCUACGCCAGCUUCUACAACUCGGGCCUGUUGGAACAGCUGAUCGCGCAGGGCAAGGAGUACAUCUUCGUGUCCAACAUCGACAACCUGGGAGCCACCGUGGACCUGCACAUCCUGCACCACCUGGUCAGCCAGCCCAACGGCAAGCGCUGCGAGUUCAUCAUGGAGGUGACGGAUAAGACGCGCGCCGACGUCAAGGGCGGCACGCUGAUCCAGUACGAAGGAAAGCUGCGUCUGCUGGAGAUCGCCCAGGUGCCCAAAGCCCACGUGGACGAAUUCAAAUCUGUCUCAAAGUUCAAGAUCUUCAACACCAACAACCUGUGGAUCUCUCUGACCGCCAUCCAGAGGCUGCAGGAGCAGAAGGCGAUGGACCUGGAGAUCAUCGUCAACCCCAAGACUCUGGACGGCGGUCAGAACGUGGUCCAGCUGGAGACGGCGGUCGGUGCCGCCAUCAAAUGCUUCGACAACGCUCUGGGCAUCAACGUGCCUCGCAGCCGCUUCCUGCCCGUGAAGACCACGUCGGACCUGCUGCUGGUCAUGUCCAACCUGUACAGCCUGGACGCCGGCUCGCUCACCAUGAGCCCCAAGAGGGAGUUCCCCACGACGCCACACGUCAAGCUGGGCAGCUCCUUCAACAAGGUUCAGGAGUAUCUGACGCGCUUCGAGAGCAUCCCCGACAUGCUGGAGCUCGACCACCUCACGGUGUCUGGAGACGUCACCCUCGGGAAAAACGUGUCAGUCAAGGGCACCGUCAUCAUCAUCGCCAACCACGGGGAUCGGAUCGAUAUCCCCGCCGGCUCCAUGCUGGAAAACAAAAUCGUAUCGGGAAACCUCCGCAUCAUGGACCACUGACGCCUUUUCUUUUUCACUCACUCACUCACUCUCUCACACACACACACACACACACACACACACACACACACACACACACACACCCUCACCCUCAUCAUGUGACCCAGUUGGCUUCAUUCCAGCCAUGUGACCCGUUUGUCAUGUUCCAGCCCAUUGUGAGAGGAAGUGUGCAUGUGUGAUAUACUGACCUCUACAGGCUGUUUAUUAUAUAUUAUAAACCUGUAACAGUGUUAAUAAUGACCUACAUAGCCGUCAUGUUAAAUAAUUACCUAAAUCUACAAAUGUGUAUUUAAUUUGUAUUCUUUUCUAACUGAUUUUCUUUUCUGCCAAAGAACAUCUCAACAUAGAUUCUAUAAUAGUAUUAAUAAUCUGUUAAUAAUAAACUGCUAAUGCUAAUCACAUACUGUACUUACACAGAGAGGGGAAGUUACGGGAGAGUUUUAACCAUUUAUUUCAAGCAUAAAGUCCUCACUGAAAGAUAUGUUCAACUGAGAGAAAUAACUGGAUUAAAGUGUCGUAUGUCGACAGGUUGUCCAUCACACGGCUAAUAUACUCACAGGAAGUCUCCAGUUUAUCGUCCAUGAAGAAGACACACAGAAAGAUUUGAACCCUUCGCUGGGCCAUCAUCCCUGUGAAUAGUCGAUUAAGAAAAUAUAAUAGUUAAGCGGUUAAAUUACUCCUAAAUUGGUUUUAUACCUCAGACAUAUUCUGGAUCAACAAGCUUGUGAUUUAAACAUCAUUCAAGCGUCCGGUGAAGAGACCGAAACCAAGAACAAGAAGCUGAAAGGCGCUAAAGAUGGUGAUAAUUGUCUGCGAGUGUCGACACUGUCAUAUACAGGUAGACAUCUUGUGCAGAAAUCCAGCCUGAAGGGGAGUUUGUGCUGAGAAAUAAAUGGGUCUCUUUCUUCCAGAGUGUAGAACUCAUUUAGACCUCCAGAGUCCAGAAUAACCUCCCACCAGUUUGUACCCCUGAGGAGAAACUAGCGUGUGUCUGCCUGUUUGCUGCCCUUUGAGUAAUAAUGUUGUAAUGCCAUGGAAUUCUAUGUAACAGCUGAUGUCUUAAAGUGUUUUCUGUUUGCUCACAUUAUGACCUUAAUGUCCUAUGACUCCGCCGUCCAUCCCGUCACUCAGCGUCCACACAACGCAAAGACAGGAGGUGCACACGCACACGCACACUUAUACAUAUACUUGAGAUGGGUCCGACAUGUCUGAAAGCAAUAAGUGUUGAUCUGUGACAGUGACGAGGUCUCGGGCCCAGUUCUGCCUCCUUGGAGCUGAAUAAAGUGCAAUAUGAAAAAUAAUGA